AUGGCGGCCCCGCAGAUAUUUGUCGACGUACAUACUGCCCGUAUAUGUGAGGAGGUCGAGCGAAUGCAUAUCCGCAAACAAGCCGAAACAUGCGCCCAGAUCUAUCCAGAGCAAAAAAUGUCUAUUUGGCAGCCUCCCAAGGGCGGAAUUGGAAUUCUGACCUUACCCAUCUUGAAGGGAAAGCUUAAUCGGGCCGUUGGAUGUGGGAGUGACGGUCCAAUCCAGGAAGAUGAUUUGAGAGAGCUUGAGUCGAUCUUUGCUACUAUUGGUCUGGGGUGUGAGAUCCACCUCAGCCCUUUUGCAUCGGCCCCGAAGGCAUUGCUUUCUCGAGGAUACACCGAGAGGGCAGUCCUCAGUACCUACUGGUAUAAUGUCAGGGAAUGGGCUAUGGCUAUUCCGGACCGCUUCAGUGACAUUGUGGUGCGGCUUGCAGAACCCUACGAAACGAAGCAAUUCAUCGAGGCAUCCAUCGCUGGCUUCCAAAGCACGGGUCGCUCCAGAGAAUUGCUUGGGACUCUUGCAGAGCUGGCAGUUCGAAGGAAGGAUAUGUUGUUUUUUGCUGAAGUGGACGGCCAGGUUGCAGGCACCGCUGCGAUGGCGACCAUAGAUACCCCAGAUGGUAGAGUUGCCCAUUUUUAUCUAGAUAGUACCAUUGAGAGCUUUCGUGGACAAGGCGUUCAACUGGCUUUGAUUCAAGAGCGGCUUCGGACCUCCCACCAGCUUAAGUUGGAGAUGGCAACUUCGAUCACCCAAGCUGGGGGCGGCAGUGCACGUAACGCAGCGCGAGCUGGGUUCAGAGGGGCUUACAUAACCCCGAUCUUUGUUGGACCUCGAGCAUCCUAA